AUGCGGCAUUUCACUAUCAGUUAUGGCACCAGAGAUCCCAUAUUCAACAACAGAGCGCUGUUUCCAUCUUUCUACAGAACUAUCCCUGAUGAAUUAUCAGAAAUGAAUGCAUUUGUGAAACUGAUAAAACACUUUGGCUGGAAAUGGGUCGGGCUCAUUGUAUCCGAUGAUAAGACUCAGCUUAGGGCUGGCCAAAAUCUGGAGGGAGAAAUGAAGAAAAAUGGGAUCUGUUUGGACUUCUUUGUUAAGCUCAAUAAUGAUUUAAUGGCUUCUACAAAUGCCGUGCAGAUUAAAAAGACUUUGCUCAAAAGCACUGCUAAUGUGAUAGUUGUUUUAGCCAGUUUACUGUACAUUGACUUUAUCAUGUUCUUUUUUGGCGUCUUUAACAUGCCGGAGAAAAUAUGGAUUUUAAACGCUAUGAUGCAGAGUAAGGAUUUUGAAUCAAUAACUGGGGACAAACCACAUUUAAAAGCCAACGGAGACUCAUCAAACUUUUAUGAAAUUCUGAAAUGUCUUUUCCUAAAAGAAGGAGGAGUCCAAGUAGUUAAGGUUGGAAGCUUUGAUACAACCAAACCUGCUGGAAAUCAGCUUCACAUUGGUGAGAGUGAUGAUCUCUGGGGUCCUUACUUUACAAAGCACCCCCCAUCUCAGUGCAAUGAACCCUGUGGGCCAGGAUACAGGAAAUCUAAAAUAGAAGGGAAGCCAUCUUGCUGUUAUCAGUGUGUGCCAUGUUCAGAAGGGGAAAUAACUAACACAACAGAUGCACAGAACUGUAUCAAAUGUUCCAAAUAUGAAAAGUCCAACAAAGAGAGAAAUGUCUGCAUUCCAAAGAACAUAAACUUCCUGUCCUAUGAAGAUAUCUUGGGUUCUGCCUUGUCCUCCAUCGCAGUAAUAUAUUUUAUCAUUUGUGCUGUAAUCCUGGGAAUCUUUAUAAAGUACCGCGAGACUCCUAUAGUGAGAGCCAACAACCGAUAUCUCAGCUGUCUCCUCCUCAUCUCUCUCAUGUUGUGUUUCCUCUGCACUUUAUUAUUCAUUGGGCGCCCAACUCAGAUAUGUUGUCUCCUCCGACAAGUAACAUUUGGGAUUGUAUUUACUAUUUCUGUUUCUUCUGUGUUGGCUAAAACUCUCACAGUUAUUAUUGCCUUCAAUGCCACAAAGCCUGGGAGCAAGCUGAAGAAGUAUGUAGGAACCCAACUGGCCAUUGUAUUAGUUAUAAUAUGCUCUUUGGGUGAGAUUGUCAUCUCUGCUGUGUGGUUGGCUUCUAAUCCUCCAUUUCCAGAGGUUGAUACUUUCUCUGAUCCGAACUAUAUUAUUAUAAUAUGUAAUGAAGGAUCUGGAUUUUUUUUCUUCUGUAUAAUUGGAUAUAUAGGAACGUUGGCCCUACUAAGUUUCAUUGCUGCAUUUCUAGCCAAGGAUUUCCCUGACCGAUUUAAUGAGGCUAAAAACAUCACUUUCAGUAUGUUGGGGUUCUGUAGCGUGUGGGGGGCAUUUGUCCCUGCAUACCUGAGCAGUAAGGGCAGUAGAAUGGUGGCAGUUGAGAUAUUUGCCAUCUUAUCCUCUAGUUCUGGGAUACUCGGCUGUAUAUUCAUUCCCAAGUGCUAUAUUGUUUUUGUUAGACCUGAACUGAACACAAAGGACACCAUUGUUAGGAAACAAUAG